GCUCAAAACGGCACAUUUGAAAAUUCACUUGAAAUUUUAGGCAUGAAGUGGCCCAAUGAAAUGGAAUAUCGACGAGGCAGGCUGAGCUUGCAGCUACGAAUUUGGUUGUGUUUUGCACAGCUGCGGAUGAUGUGGCAUAAAAACCUGCUCGACGUGCAUUGACCACACUGUUCCCGACAAACAACUUUUUUUGCCGACAAAACGCACUACUUCCCGUUACGUAGGUCACGUAUGUGGGACCUCAUUUCGACCAACAGUGAUAAGUUUGUGUCGCGGGAACUGCAGGAGGAGCUGCAUAUUAUGCACUUAUGUCUGUUGGUUACAAGAUUUUCCUGCUUGCAAAUUUUCAGUCUCAAGGGGAGUAUUAAGGGGCUGCGUCGUCUUUGUGGUGCCCUUUUUGCAGUAUUCGUUUGUUCGAGAGAUAGCUCUGCUACAAGCCAGCGAGGACUGCUUCUGUGUCAAGAGUGCAUUGUGAACAAUAUCUUAUGCUAUGCCUCUCGUCGCACCCGAGGCUGAGCAUGAGAAAGAAAUCCUUCGACUACAGUCCUUCUUGCAGCGCGAGCUUGAAAGCGCGGAGCAGGGCAUUGAAGUGCGUGUGCAGGAGAUCAACAAAAGGAUUCAAGAAGCCCGAAAUGAGGUGCGCGACCAUUGCGAUCGCGUCGAAACGGCUCUGGAAAAGAGACGGUAUAAUACUUUCAUUUUGAUGCGCUUUUGCGUUUAUUUUUUGUCACGAGAAACCAAACGACUUCUUUCAGCGCAUGCUGCGAGCGCCAACACUGAUGAAGAUGCGUGGAUGAAAUUUCACAAGACGACUUUUGAAUGAAAAUAAAAUGGGAAAAAAAAACCAGGUACUUGCUACUUCAGGAGGUCGACCGCCUGGAGCUCUCCCGCGUCCGGUUGCUUGAGAAGCAGCAGAAACAGUUGCGAAAAAUCCGGCGUUGCAUCGAGGAGGAGCCGGGUGAGGUAUCACAGUGCACAACUCCCCCUCCCCCUCAUUUGUCAUGCAGAGUGUCAAAUCCAGUUGCUACCCUGUGGAACUAUCUGCAUCACAAAUUUUGGGAGUCUAAACAGUACAACACUCAGGGUAUGAACUUGUCAUGCAUAGCAUCCACCUGUGUUGGUGUUUGUAUUGCUGUCCAUGCAUGUACAAAUGAGGAGGAGGGGGGUUUGUGCACUGUCAUAUGAGGAUGAAAAGAUCGAGAAGUACCUCCGGGGAUUCGACCUCAGUUCGGCGCGCACAAAGUCCUCUUCCGCUGAAAGAGAACAAGCUGGGGGUUCGUCUUCCAGCACUUCUUCUGCUAAGGGCACCAGUAAACACUGGCUCGACGCGUUUCGGAGCUGGGUCUACUACGCUCUUCCAUCGUCCAGCAGGCCCAGUGCCAGCGACGCGAGCGAGUUACAUCAGGCGGCUACACGUACUUCCUCCUGGGCGAGUUACAUGAACCUUUUUCCUCCUUACUCGACAGCACGCACCGACGCAGGCGCGGCAAGCAAAGGUGACCUCCUCGACGGCCUGUUCCCCGUGGCGCUGCCAGAAAGCGCGAGCGCAGAGCAGCAGAAGCGGUACCAGCUGCUGUUGGACUUGAAGAGUCGCGUGAUCACUGAGCCCGUGGCGGAUACGGAAAUCUUCCUCGAUCUGAGGGAGCCACAACUGGUGCCGCUCCUCGAGCGGUUGGGCGCAGUGUCCUCCUUUCCCAUCACCUACCAGCCGCCAUUUCUGAUUCCUGGUGUGGGAGCAGAGCUGCUCCCUGAGUACACCGCGAAGACGCGCAGCGGCGCCACAAAGCUUACCAAGGAGGACUCCGAAAUCGUGCGGCCCGCGCUGCCGAAACAAGCGAAACAGGUACUGACAUUGUCGGCCGGCUGUCUCGCGGGUAUCACCAGCGCAACCGCCACGCACUGGCUCGACGUGGCGAAAGUACUGCGGCAGGUGGGUGCGCGCGCCCCGAACACGUUGUCCACCUACGUCUUGGGCCUCCCCAUGGGCGCGAUCGCGCAGGGCCAGCGAUUCGGGCUCACUUUGCUGAUCGACCAGAACAUCCAGCGGGAAGUUAAAAAGCGCACGGAUAGCCAGGUCUUGAAAUUCGCCGGCAGCAUGGUGGCAGCAGGUACUUACUUAUUGACUCCGUUCUUGUUUCGCAGCCCAGUGACUCUCCGGCUUGAAGGUCAGCACAAUGAAUUACUAUUUUUCGUGCCGAUAAGACAACGUGAAUGUAUCAUGCACCCAAAUUAUCAAUUUGCUUUGCAGGCACGGGUGAGUUUCUCGCGAUGCCUCCAGUGGUGGUGAAGAAUUUUCAAAUUGCGCACCAAGAACGGUCAUUCAUCGCGGCCAGUAAGCACUUGUACCGGCUUGACGGCAUGCGCGCCUUCUUCAAGGGGGUGUUUGCCGGCGUAGUACGCAAAAGUCUCGCGAACGCUAUCGUUCUGCAGAGUAUCGGCCCCACCAAGUUUCUUCUCGCGCCAAUGUUCGCCACGACUAGCAGCGGCCCCGCGACGGCAGUGGCGAAGAACAAGGACAUGGCCGCUGGUGGAGGCACUUCUUCAUCUACUACCACGACUAGCGCGGGCGCAGCGGGGGCCUCGCCAGCGCAACAGCCCGGCGCACCGAGCACUAGUAGCUCUUCCUUGUUACAAAAGAUGGGGAUUGGGUUCAUGGCCGGUUCUAUCACCGGGUCCAUUGCGGAAGUGGCCACCAACUACCCGGAUCGCGUGAAGACACUAAUGCACACCAAGCCCCGCAUCUCCCUUUACAACGCCGCGCUCGAGGCAGCGCGGGACCCGUUCCGCGGAGCGCUGUGGGCCGGUCUUCGGAAGGGCAUGAUUCGUGGCAUCAACUGGGGCACGGUUGGGGUGUGGACCGCGGUGCUCGAAGACUGCUACUGGCGAUAUUACAACCGGUCUGAAUCCUUCUAGCCGGCCAAUCGGGGUAGGAGGCAGUUGUACUACUUGAAAAGGCUUGUGGCUCGUCAGAUUUGCAUUCUUUUCGCAUGAUAGAAACUACAAGCUACGCAGCGUGAUGAACAUUGCAAUGUGGUCGGUAUUAAGAGUAGAACCAAUGUCCGUGCUGCGCAGUUUUCGAGACCGCACCACGAAAAAUCUUCACCCUUUAUCUCGAG